CGGUCUCCGCUCCGCAGAAUCAUUAUUAUAGGCCGCAACAACAUUUCUCCAUAUUAUUCACGCCUUGGCCAAGUUUUGGGGCUGGUGGGGACUUUCUUUGCUUUCAGUUUUGCUCCUUAUGUUCUCGCAGUUCGUCACAGCGGCCAAGGGUCUGUUUGCAAAGAAGGAUUCCGAAGAGGAAAUUCCCCAAGACGCAGACUACACCUCUGACCCCGCCGCUAUCUUACAAGAACGUUCCAACAACACAACUUCAAAGACAGCUACGAUGGUGGUGACUACGAGGAGUACGCGCACUGCGCCCGUGGAGAAGGAGGCUUCCCCGGAAGUUAAUGGAUCUAAGGUGGGAAAUGCGAAGCGCAAGGCAGAUUCUGCUAGCUCUGCGAAGACGAAUGGUGAAUCCAGCAAGCGAAGAAAGAGAGUCUCGGACGUUGAACAGGUCAAUGGUGACAAAGAGAAGUCCGCGUCUGAAGAUACGGUGGCCGCAGUAGAGAAGCCGAAGCAUUUCCGUUUUGGAAGCGAGGAGCCUGCUCCUGCUGUUGAUGAGUUGGUGGAGGAAGUACCGGAGACGCAGCAGAAUGGUGCUCAAUCCUCAGAAGAUAGCGACGAUGAUGAGGCACCGGAGGCCUUUGACAACUCUGCACAGCUUUUGCGAAUGAAGGAACAAGCUCAAAAGCAGGAACGAGCAAGACAAAAGGCCGAGCUACUGAAGAAGGAGAAGAGGAGACAACUGGACGAGCUACAUAAAACCCAAGCCAAGACAGCAAGCAAAAAGAAGGAUAUUGUCAAUGGUUCCCGAAAGGCAGAUUAUCAGGAUGAUGUCUCUGAAAGUACAGCUACUCUCCAAGGAUCUGUCAUCCAGGACAGCCGACGACCAGCCCUCCCAGCACUCCUUCCAGACGAGAUCCUCAAUGCUGCUCCUGAUGUCCGACCUCCCACACCACCUCCAGAGGAUGCAGUGCCCGAGCACAAGAAGCCAAACAAAUUACGGUUCCUUGAUAAGGUUGAGAAAGCACCCAAGGAUAUUAAGCGCGGUGGUACGACUGUGAGAGUGUUGGAUGGAAGGAAAUCCACGGCUGUUCUACCACCGAAGGUGUCGAAGGCUGGUCGGAACGUAAGAGAGGGCUGGUUGACAGGCAAGCGUGCCAGUGUCGCCCAGAUCAAUGGUCUGAGGCGAACAACUGGGGGAACGUCUGGCUUUGUACGCAGCCGCUGAAGCAGUGACAAAAAAAAAAGAGAGAAGCUCCUUAUCAUCAAUCUUCCAUGCUGGUCCUCCAAGGCUAAGACGACACUCAGCAAAGGCCAAAGCAGAAGGGGCGUUGGAAGAACAGAACGCGGUGACAUAGUGUACACAAUGGUACCGGCUGCUGCCGUACUACUGGAGAAUCCUUGAUGCGCCUGGAUUUAUGGCUCCAUGGCGCUCUUGAAGACUCGGAUUCUGGUUCACACUAACACCAUCGAUACAUUUUUGAGAUACCAGAUGCGACGUUAUGUUAUCUAAUCCGCGAGUGCGUCAUUUUCUUCGGUCUAUCCAAGGCGUUUGGGGAAUUAGCGGUGUGUUUCACUUUGACAGGUAGAGUUAUCAUUUUUCAUCGGUGAAAUUGUACUGGAUCUGUCUUGAGAAGAUGUCCAGAAAACGGAGUCUGCUGCAUUGCGGCCAUUUAAAGCGAGAGCCUAUAAUUGAAUUUUUG